AAAGAAUCCACUAUAUAAACUCCUCUUAUACCAAUUAAUAAGACACACAUACAAAUAGGUGUGUGUCCCCAUAACGCAGAAAUUUCCAGAGAGAGAUAUAGGAACAGAAACAAAGCAGUAAGCAGAAGAAGAAGAUGGCUUCUUUUGAUACAUUUAGCAUUGACGGUGAGGAUCAGGCGACGACACGUCAGUUCGAAGACGGAGGUUACGGUGGGUACGACUCUUACACGGCGUUUUCCUCCGCCGAUACUCCGCCGUACCAAAGCGGCGGCGGGGGAGGAUUUCCAGCUGGAUACGAAGAAGAGGAAGUGACGGUGGAACACGUCUCCCACUCUGUCAACAGUUCGGAUCCCUUCGGAUUCGAGGCGGAUCAGGAAGCUGCACCGUUUGAGGGGCCGGGGGCUCCAAUUCCGAAUGGAAAUGGGAGGCCUUAUGAUCUCGGGGAGGAUACGGAGGGGAUUUUUAGAUCCGAUGGACCUGUGCUGCCACCGCCUACUGAAAUGCAAGAAGAAGGCUUUGCUCUCCGGGAGUGGCGGAGGUUGAAUGCUAUUCGACUUGAGGAGAAGGAGAAGAGGGAAAAGGAGAUAAGGAACCAAAUUAUUCUAGAAGGUGAAGAGUACAAGCAGGCUUUUUAUGAGAAAAGAAAGGUUAAUAUUGAGACCAACAAGGACAACAACAGAGAGAAAGAGAAGUUGUACUUGGCAGGUCAAGGGAAAUUUCACAAGGAGGUUGAUAAGCACUAUUGGAAAGCCAUAGGAGAAUUGAUUCCGCAUGAGGUCCCGAAUAUUGAGAAAAGGAGAGGGAAGAAGGAACAAGAAAAGAAGCCAUCAAUCACCGUCAUCCAAGGACCCAAACCUGGCAAACCCACCGAUCUUACAAGGAUGCGCCAAAUAUUAGUGAAGCUCAAGCACAAUCCCCCGCCUCACAUGAUGCCGCCUCCGCCUGCUCCUUCCAAGGAUGAUAAAGCUGGGAAGGAUGCAAAGGAUGGGAAAGAUGCAAAGGCCAAGACUGGAAAAGACGCUGAAGCUAAUGCCAAGGGGUCUGCAGUCGGUGAGGCAGCUGCCGCCCCCACUAAAGAAAAAGAACCAGUUGCUAAUGGCUCUGCUCCCACAUCUGCUGAAGAGACUGAAGCUGUGACUAGUGAGCAGCCUGCUAAUUAAAUUUUAGUCUUGAUAGUCCGCCCCGACAUCCUUUUUUUGUGUUUAUGCCGAUUAUUGUGAUUGUUAUUUGCAUGCCAUUUUAUGAAUGUACUGUUUCUGAUAAGUCGAUUCAGCUCUCUGAUCCAUUAUGAGGACUUGUUAUUGUGUUUUUGAAUUUUUAUUAUAUUGAUUGAGAUUCAUCUUGUUACUUGAAA